UACAACUUCUUCACACCAAACAUAACCAAAGUAAAAGAGGAAAAAAGAUGAAGAAUCAAAUUUGUUUUACAAGCUUUGCCUUCUUCUUUCUUCUUCUCACAAAGUGGUUUAGAGUUGAAGCUCAGACUUGCAAGCCUAGUGGUAUAAUACGGGGGAAAAAGCCUCCACCAGGACAGUGUAACCAAAUGAACGACUCUGAUUGUUGUGUGCAAAGCAAGCCUUACACUAUUUAUAAGUGUUCACCCCCAGUGUCUAGCCAUACAAAGGCGAAACUAACCAUCAAUAGCUUUCAGAAAGGUGGGGAUGGUGGUGGACCAUCAGAAUGCGACAACAAGUAUCACCCUGAUGACACUCCUGUGGUAGCACUGUCAACAGGCUGGUUCAAUAAUAAGCAGAGAUGUUCGAAUUAUAUUACCAUCUAUGGCAAUGGAAGGAGCGUCAAGGCCAAGGUAGUUGAUGAGUGUGAUUCCACUACGGGUUGUGAUGCCGAUCAUGAUUACCAACCUCCAUGUUCUAACAACAUUGUUGAUGCCUCUAAAGCUAUUUGGAAGGCUCUGGGAGUGCCAAAAAGUGAUUGGGGUAAAUUAGACAUUUAUUGGUCUGAUGCUUAGUUUCCAUUGUAUUUAAGAUAUACUACACCUGUGUGGAGGUUUACUUUGAUUUGUAGUUUGUACGCGUAUGAUAUUACUAUGAAUACAUAGUCAUGUUUUUUUUGCUAGAA